UUCAACUACUCACUUGUUCUUUCUUCCUAAAAAAAUUUCACUCUCUAAUUCUACCUUCUUUAUUAUUAUUAUUUUCUUGCCAUAUUGUAACAGUUUUGUGGCUCAUUCUUUCAAAUGACAAACCAUUUGUUUACUUGCAUUUAUACUUUACUGGUAAAGAGUAAAGAGUGUAUUUUCACUUGGGUUUUCUUCGGCUUUUCUUCUGGACUCUUGUUGAUGGUCACAAAGAAUGCUAUUUGGGCUCUUUUUAUGUGCAUUCUUGCUUUAGGAGGAGCGACAGUAGGGAUAGUGACCGGAGCAAUUAAGGGACAGACAACAGAGACGGGGCUACUCCGAGGGGCCGGUGUUGGUGCUGUUACCGGAGCUGUUACAACUGUCCAAUUAGUCGAACUUAUACUUAACGGAGAAUCAUUUUCUAAGGUUGCACUUGUAUGUAGUCUAGUAAAUGGAAAGGUAUUCAUGGAAUGGGUUAGUCCUGCUGUUCUCAAGGCUUAUCAGUGGCAAGUUACUACUCAUGUAGAGUCAAGUUUGAGGGAAAUAUCUGACAUCUUUGAUAUCAAUGCGACCAAAGGGUUAUCACAAGAGGUGAUAAAGAAGUUGCCAAAGUACUAUUUCUGUUCAGUGAGUACAUCUCAACAAGUGACUUGUGCAAUUUGCCUUCAGGAUUUGAAAGACGGGGAGUCGGCAAGGGUGCUACCAAGUUGCAAACAUUCAUUCCAUACACAAUGCAUAGAUGAGUGGCUAACCAGACAUGGAAGUUGUCCAAUUUGUAGAGUAGAAAUCUGAGAGUUAACUAGUAAUACUACUAAAUCCUAAAGGAGAGAAAAUGUAAAUUCUGUGUUUGAAACUCUUACUCUUGUUGAGCAAAACAGUAGAUGGAUAUGCUUGAAACAAUUAUAUACUCCUAAUUAUCAGCAUGCAUGUAUAUACCACCAUUCUGUCUUGAAAAGGGAUCA